GUGUGUACACAUAGGUUGCCAGGAAUCCUGACAUUGUACUCGUUUGUCCUGCCAAAUAUCUAAGCUUUAGCACGGUUUACAUAAAUUUUCCAGACAUUAGUGAGUUAUUCUUCGGGUGCUCAAUCCAAAGAAUUUAUGCACGGUCGUCAAUAAAGGCACACAAACAUGAUAGCGGCAAUAAACCGAUUUUUGGACUGGCUGAAAAGCCUGUUUUGGAAGGAAGAGAUGGAACUGACGUUAGUUGGGCUGCAAUACUCAGGCAAGACAACGUUCGUUAAUGUGAUAUCGUCCGGUCAAUUCAACGAAGAUAUGAUCCCAACUGUAGGAUUCAACAUGAGAAAGCUUACCAAGGGAAAUGUCACAAUCAAGCUUUGGGACAUUGGAGGUCAACCAAGGUUCAGGAGCAUGUGGGAAAGAUAUUGCAGAGGAGUAAAUUGUAUUGUAUACAUGGUAGACGCCGCUGACCAUGACAAACUAGAAGCAUCCACAAAUGAGUUACACAACCUCCUCGACAAACCACAAUUACAAGGAAUCCCAGUAUUAGUGCUCGGUAACAAGAGAGACUUGCCCAAUGCUCUUGAUGAGAAGCAACUGAUAGAGAAGAUGAACCUUUCAGCCAUCCAAGAUAGGGAGAUCUGUUGCUAUUCCAUCUCAUGUAAAGAGAAAGAAAACAUAGAUAUCACACUGCAAUGGUUGAUACAACAUUCCAAGUCAGGGGGAAGCCACUAGCAUCAUAGUCUGGGUCACGUGUAAAGGUCAAGGGUUAAGGGUCAACCAGGACUUCAACUAGUUAAAAGUGAUUUUAAAUCGCGUUGGAACUUGCUUCACAUACUUUUAACCUGGCCAUUCGAUGCACAGUCACAAGAUCCAGAAUUUGAUUAUCUGUUCUUUUUAUGACAGAGUACUGUGAAAGUUGUAUUAUUUCUUGACUUUUGUUUUUUUGUUUUUACAUGUAUUUGCAAUACUUUUUCUCAUUUAUUUGUGUUGAAUGUGAGAAUAGAAGUUAGACUAAAAAGUUUUAACUCUCUGGAGAAUGUACCGAACUUAGAAUCUCACUAAUGAGCUUAAAUUUAUUGUAAAAGGUGUUCAAUGGACCAUUUUGUUUUGUGUUUACAAACAUUGAUCACUUGUUUAUAAGGGCAGCCUUGACUAACCCAACAUUUUCCAACUGGUGUGGCACAAAUUUGCCACUAACAAUACGCUGAAACCUGUCGCUAUGAAGAAUGAUAUUAAGCUCAUCUGAUUUGGCUAAAUUAAUAGAAUGUGUUAAAAAUGAAUUAUUUAAAUUUGCAGUGGUGAGCGUUGCCAAUCCUUUUGCCAAUACUAGUUGGCAAAACUGUGGGAUCACUAAAUAGAGGUUCAUUUGAAAACAUGGUAAUUUUUUUAUUCAGUCUUACUACCUUUGUCCCCCCUUUUUUUGUUUUACUUAAAUGAACUAUCUUGUCUUUUCCCUGGAUGAUUUAUUUGCAUAUAAUUCUAACCCUUGAUCCUGGAAAUAUUGUCUGACAUCAAGAGUACAUUCAAUGAAUGUUUCUGCCAGGCAAUCGCGAUGGUCUAGUUGGUUAGACAUCUGUUCUAUUGGCAAAGGUUUUGGGUUUGAAUCCUACCUGAGUAAUGAGCUUGUGUUUGUUUUACUCACAGAACUCGGGGAAAGUAUUGAAUAUACAUUACUUACACACAUCGGUGUAAGGGUAAUACCAAAUAAAAUUCUUUGUCCCUGAUAAAAAUUUAACUAUUGAAUAUUUCUUUAACAGGAAUUUUUGUGUACCCUUAACACAUUUUUUACAGUCUGACAGUUUCGCCAAAGAAGGUGAUCGUUUUGACAAUAUAGCUUUAUGUUUAAUUAUUUAAACGAUUAAAUCGAAUUAACUCUCCUAAGUUUUACUUACAUUAAUAUAAAUUUAUUACCAAAAUAAAAGUGGUUAUUUGAGUACAAAAUCUUUGUCUCUUAAAGAACUAUGGUAGAGUGUAUGUUAAAACACAAACAGAAACCCAAUAUAAUCAAACUCGGCAACACAUUUUACAAGAAGCUCACUUUAUAAAAACUUUAUUUGAUAGAAAUAAGAUUCUGGUGUAUGUCUGUAUUAUAUGUGUUGUCAGUCUUGAAUAUAGAAAUAUUAAUAAAAUAUGAAUGAAGGAAUUCUA